AGGCUCGACUCUUGGGUCUACGGCGUGGAUGUCUUCCUCCGUCUCAUCUACCACAACUUCCCUCCCCAUGUUUCGCCGACUCCGACGGAGAUUGACUUGCAGAGCAAUGGUCCAACAGGCUGUACAGGGAGGAGCUCCAGCUGCUUAUGCCCAAGAAAUGGAGAGGCUAACCGCUAAAGAAUCCCUUCUUCUUGCUGUCGCCAUUCUUGGAGGGUCGGUGGGAUUUUUUUUCAGGGCUAAUGUCUUCCACGCAAUAGUUGAGGUGAGUCUUUCUUUGAUUUAGAAAGCGAUUUUUUCAUUCUUUGUUUCAAUUUGUUUGGCAAAAGAGAUGACUUGCGGCUCAUUAGAUUAUUUUGCAUA